AGAGCUGUCACGUUAAAAGUUAGAGCGGUUAAUAUCUUUAUUACCCUUAAUAAAUUUAUAUAUAAUUAACUAUAUAAUCAAAUACGAAUUUUUGUUUAUAAUAUUAAUAAUUUUUUUCAAAAAGAUAUGUGUUGUUAUCUUAACACAAUUUUUUCAGUUAUAAAAUUUAAAAUAAGAUAUAAAAUUAUUUAUAAUAAUUAAGAGAUUAAAAUCAUUGUUACCCUUAAUGAAUUUUAUAUAUAAUAAAUUAUAUAAUUAAAAACGAAUUUUUAUUCAUAAUAUUAAAUUUUUAAAAUAUAAAAAUUCUUAUAUAUUGUGUUGUUAUUUUCAAAUUUAUUUUUUAAUUAUAAAAUUAGAAAAUAACAAAUAAAAAAUUUAUAAUUAAAUAUUAAUCAACUCACUAGACAAAGAAAAAGGUGAAAUCCUAAUUUUUAAGGAUAUCUUUAAUCACAUUUUAUAUUUUACUCUCUAAAAUAGACUGGAAUUUGGAAAUGCUCCAACUAUCUUAAAAACUGGAAGGUGUAAGAGGAACUAUGGCCUUUGGGCUUAAAUCGGACUGACUAGCAAAUAAAUGAGGUCAUCUAAAUGCUAUUUAUCAAGCUCGUAAAAGGCCUGGAACAAGUCCACUGAAACAAGUAUUACCGAGAAGGUAUUUUAGAUCUAACUUUAAUUGAUAACUUCGUUUGUACUUUAUAGACAUGGUUUCGGAAAAAAGUGAAAUUAACCUAUUUAGCUGAAAGUCUGUGCCAGAUUAUUUGCACCUCUUUGAUUUUGUUACUCAAAUAGGAAGGUUAUUAGUUUCCAAAUUAAUCGUUUUAGGAAACAUGUUAGUGAUUUUUCUGUUUCAAUAUUUUGACAUUUUUCAUCAAAAUUGAGAAACAAGUUGAAAUAUUAUAUGUAGGCAGUAUAUGUUAUAUAUCUUCUAUGGACAAAAAAUUCAUAAGAUGAAUUGAUUAAAGAUAGAUGAGCAACAAGCUACUCUUAAUCAGCUACGCCUAACCGCUCACACGGCUUAUCAUCACCUACUUAAAAAGUGCAUGUUAGCCAACCAUAAUUGAACUUUAGUUUUUAGACACAUAAUAAAUUAUCAAAUGUUUGAUACGAUAAGAGUAAAGUUAACGCAAAUAAUUAACCAAUUAAUCGAAUCUUCUUUUUAUAGAAUCAAUUAUCAGUAGAUGUCUAACUAAUGCAGUCAUGAGUUAUGCUGUCAUGCAUAUAUAGACAUAUAAUUUAUGUUGCAAAGAUAAUUAACCAAUUAAUGCACUCAUGACUCAUGCUGUCAUGCAUAUACAUACAUAUAACUGUGUUUUAAAACGUUCAAACGAGUCCAAAAGAAAUAGUAUCCAAUUGUUUAUGAAGAUUAAAUAAAACAUUAAUGCCAACUGCAAAGAGUUUACUUCUCAUUACCGAUCACAGUCCCCACAUGCAUCCUUAAAUACCAGUCCCAAGUAGACUCACUCUAAAAUCUAUUUUACCUUUGCGGUCCGAGUCAGAGAGUGACAAAAGAUACAACGAUGGCGAGCAAAAGCAAGAAGAAGAAGAUGGUUCCUAAGACAGUCUCUGUAGUAGACAUCGGAUGCGGCAACUGUAAGUUCCCAACCUUGUCAUCUUUUUUCAACCGUUUCUCCAAAAAGCCCCGCCGCUACUCUUCUAACUACGGCCACUACCACUCUUCCACCACCACCACCGCCUCCUCCUCCGCUAUUCCCUCCACCACCCAUUGGUUCUCCGACAACACCUCUUCCUCCUCCGCUACACCCUCCCACGCAGCCGUCGCCGUCGAGAAAGACUCCGACGACCCUUACCUUGACUUCCGUCAGUCUAUGCUCCAGAUGAUUCUCGAGAACGAGAUUUACUCCAAAGACGACCUCAGAGAGCUUCUCAACUGCUUUCUCUCACUCAACGAGCCUUACUACCACGGCAUCAUCAUCCGCGCUUUCUCCGAAAUAUGGGAAGGUGUUUUCUCCGCCGCCGUCAAACGCCGUGGCGCCGUCCAAGAAUCUCCGCUCGUCCGUCAUCAUGGGACGUCACGUGCGUCACGUGGUUACCAUAAUCUCUACCACCGAUCGAUGUAAAAUGUGUAACUCGGGUUUUUAGUAAUAACUCUUUUAAAUAAGUAUCAUACUACGUGACUAAUAAUGUAUUGACACGUUGACUAUCCAUUUCACCCACUACGACGUGUCAGUAUAUUAUUGGGUUUGUGCUUUUUUAACUAAUUUUCUUAGCUUUGGGAUUUUCUUGUUUGUCUUUGAACCAAGUGUAACAACAACAAUGUAAGAAUGUUAUGUGAAAUGAUGUUUCGUUAUUUAAAUUAUAAAAUAUUUAUUCGGAUA